UUCCCGGUGAAUGGCAAAUCUUUGAAUACACGUGCAAGUUGUUUCUAACGGAGUUUAUUUUAAUUAAUGCUUUUUAUUUGAUUAAUAACUAAAUAAAAACAUGCCGGCAGCAGUGGCACAUGGUGUGCAAUUCGGGGCGCCGUCCAAGAACAAGAAAAUCGUCUUUGACGACUCCGGCGAGGCUGUGGUUAAGCAAAACAAAAAGGAGCACCCACAUAAACCAAAGUUUCAGGCAAAGGAACAGGUGAAGAGGCCACAGAAAAUCAGUUUUGGUGAGGAUGGACAAGCCAGGGGUGGAAAACCCUUCAAUAGAAACCAGCAAAAACAUAAUGGUCAAAAGCCUGAUAAAAAACCACAUAAAAAUAAGUUCGGCGAUAAUAAUGAUCGAGGAGCUCCCAAGUCGUUCAACAAAAACCAUCAAAAUGGUCCAAAGCCACAGAAAAUCAAGUUUGGCGAAGACGGAGAAGCUGUAACUCAAAAACCUUUUAAUAAAAACCACCAAAAACAUAAUGGUCAAAAGUCGGAUUUCCCGAAUAAACCACAAAAGAUAAAGUUCGCUGAGGAUGAAGAUGAAGUAACUGAAAUUUCCGAACAGGUCAAGAAACCCCAGAAAAUUAAGUUUGGAGACGAUGGAGAGAAGAAACCCCAACGCAUCAAGUUCGAUGAGGAUGGAGCUGGAAAAAAUGUAUCAGAUAGCGAUGGAGACAGCGAUGAGGAGGAGGGUCAAUCCUUUUCCAAAAAGCACAACAAAUAUCAGUCGAAAGUGGACGAAGAGGAGGAGUCCCAAAAGAAGUGGUAUCAUGUGCAUCCCGACUAUCCAUCUACCGAUGAGGUGCUGGACAUGAAGGAGAACGAUCAGCUGGAGCUUUACAAUCUCUGCAAGAAUUCAUUCGAGGCCGAGAAGGUCACUUUUAAUAAGCGCAAUCCCUCGGAUGCCCGCUGGCUGCAAACCGCUCUGCACAAGGGUACGGCCAAGGAUCGAGCCAAUGCCGGCGCCCUGCUGGUCACGAGUAAUCCCCUGGGCAACCUGGAGGCCCUCACCACUUUGAUUGGCUUCUGCAAGAUCUCCAACAAGGCCAGCAACGAUGUGAUUGCAGUGCUCGCUGAUCUGUGGCAGGAGGUGCUCCUGCCGCCCAACAGAAAACUCCUGGCGGUGCACACCCGUGGAGCGGAUUGGAAGAAGCUGAAGAAGGACGAGAAGCUGCGCAACGAACAGAAGCGACGCAUCUACGCUUAUUGGCAUUUCGAGAGCGAAUUGAAGGAUCAGUACCAUGAGUUCCUAAAGAACGUAAUGCAGGGCUUGCAGACUGGACAGGAGCACAAUAAGAACUCGUCCAUUGUCACGGCCGCCAGGCUGUUGGCCUUUGCUCCCGAAAAGGAGCAGCUACUGCUGACCAUGUUGGUGAACAAGCUGGGCGAUCCCAUCGCCAAGAUUGCCUCCAAGGCGUUGCAUCAUCUAAGCGAAGUGGCUCAGAAACACCCGAACAUGUGCGGCGUCAUUGUUGCGGAGGCGGAGAAGCUGCUUUUCCGCAACAACAUUUCCGAGCGGGCUCAGCACUUUGCCCUGUGCUUCCUCUCCAGCAUCGCACCCUCCGGCCGGCCCGAAGUCUGCACCAAGUUGGUCAACAUCUGCUUCGCCCUCUUCAAGGUUCUGGUCCAAAAGGGAGCCGUAAACAAUAGAACCAUGCAGGCCAUCCUGCGGUGCCUGCAAAAGGCCAUUGUGGAGGCUCAACCGGCAAAGGAUAGCAAUGGCGAGUUGCUCACGAAGGAAAUGCAGGACACCAUCUAUCGUUUAGUCCACUUGGCGGACAUUAGAGUUGCAGUACAGACUCUAGGAUUGCUGCUUCAGCUGGUUUCGGUUAAAACCGAGAAAUCAGAUCGUUUCUACAACGCUCUGUAUGUGAAGCUGCUGGAUUUGAACCUCAUCAAUGUGGGCAGCAAGACGGCGGCUCAUCUCCUGCACAUUGUCCAUCGUGCCAUCCACAUCGACAGCCAUGUGGCGCGGGCCCAGGCAUUUGUCAAGCGGCUCCUGCAGCUCACUCUCUACGCUCCUCCGCACAUCGCUGCCGGUUGUUUGAUCGUCAUCCACAAGCUGUUGCGCAUGCGCCGUGAGCUCAUCGGCGGCACGGGAGCUUCGGAGGAAGUGGAUGAAAGUGCCAAGGUCAUUCUACCUGCCGAUGCGGAUCUGGACAAGUUUGGCAGCGACGAUGAGGAGGAGGUCUACGAGGAUGUCAAAGAGGAGGCAGCGGAUGGCACGGAGGAGAAGCCCGAAGACGGUGCCAAGUCAACUGCCUCCUCCUGGCAUCAUGCCAGCGUGGCUGCCACGGAAACCAAGGUCCGGAAUAUCGAUUCCUGCAAGUACGAUCCCUACCAUCGGGUGCCCGCCUUUGCAGGCGCUGGCUAUGCCCUGCGUCACGAACUCUUGCUGCUGCGCCAGCACUACCAUCCCACUGUCCAGGUCUUUGCCGAGCAGAUCCUUCACCAAUCACGCAUCGAUUACUACGGCGAUCCGCUGAGGGAUUUCGGACUGCCGCACUUUUUGGAACGUUUCGCCUUCAAGAAUCCGAAAAAGCUUGAUGCCCCACAGGCGGCGGAAAGUGCUACGGUGGCCCACAAACGCUAUAUGGCUCACGGGGCACGUGGCAGGCCGGUAAAGUCGCUGACCAAGUCCAACUGCACCGAGGAUGAGAUGUUCAUCUUCAACUUCCUGGAGCACAAGCGUCGCCAGGCGGAGAUUGUGGCCCAAAACAAGAAGCAAAAGGAGGUGAAGUCGGAGGAUGCGAACGAGGGCGAGGAUGGUGAGGCUGGAGAGGAAUAUCUAAAGGAGGGCGAGGUGGACGACGAUGAGUUCGAGGCCUAUUUGGAUGGGUACUUUGGCAAGAAGUUCAAGGAAGGCGUCGACGAGGAGCAGGACGAGGAGGAGCUGAACUUCCUGCAGGAGCUGGGCGGCGAGAUGAAGAAGGACAAGUCCAAGGACAAGAAAAAGAAGAAGCAGGUGGACAAGGCUGAAGAGGAAAUGGACGAUAUAGAUGACGACUGGGGUGACGAUGAUUUGGGAGAAGAUGAGGAGGACGACGAAAUGGAAGGCGCUGGCGAAGAUCAGUCGGAUGACGAGACGGGCUCGAUUGAUUUGGAGCCACUAGAUGACGAUGAUGAUGAUGAGGGUUCCAUUUCCGGCCCAGAUGACAGUGAUUCAAGCGAUGCUCCCGAGAGUCCCGACGAAGAUGAUGAUGAUGAUGAAGAUGCACCGCCCAGGUCCAAGAAAUCCCGAAAGGAUGCCGAAAUGGUGGGAGGACGAAGCUUUGCCAAAACACUCAAACAAAGUCAUGACAUGUCCUCCUUGUUUGCUGCCGCCGAUGACUUCUCUUCGCUGCUGGAGGAAACGGCCAAGGUGAAGGGUCAGGGAACCAGCAAUGCCGUCUUCAACAAGGACAAAUCCUCCGACAAGCAAUUGAAAUGGGAGGAGAACCGGCGAUCGAACACGAAAACCUACAUGGGCAAGAAGUUUGCCGGCAAACCACAGAAAGCGGGCAAAAAGCGGAAACACUAAACUUUAUCCCUAUCCUAUUUAAGUGGCUAGCUGUGUAAAUACAGAAUCGCAAGAUUAAAUUCACUUCUUAAUAAGUUAUCAUUUGAAA